CCGCAUUCCAAACUUAAAUUUUGAAGAUGGCAGGUGUUAAAACCGGCGAAGAAUCAAUGGAUAUAGAAAUUGUACCAUCUACAAGUAGUUUUAAUGUAAAAAAUAAGGAAAAAGAUGCCAAGUUAAAUUUACCAUGGAUUGAAAAGUACAGACCACACGUUUUUUCGGAUAUUGUUGGUAACGAAGACACAGUAUCCAGACUUUCUGUCUUUGCUCAACAUGGAAAUUGUCCAAAUAUAAUCAUUGCUGGACCUCCAGGAGUUGGUAAAACUACAACAAUUUUGUGCUUAGCACGUAUUCUUUUAGGGCAAGCUUUUAAGGAAUCGGUGCUGGAGCUAAAUGCUUCAAAUGACAGAGGAAUAGAUGUUGUUAGAAAUAAAAUUAAGAUGUUUGCCCAAAAGAGGGUCAACCUUCCAAAGGGAAAACAUAAAAUAGUAAUUUUAGACGAAGCUGAUAGCAUGACAGAUGGUGCACAACAGGCAUUGCGCAGAACCAUGGAAAUAUAUAGUAAUACGACUAGAUUUGCAUUAGCUUGUAAUAAUAGUGAAAAAAUUAUUGAACCAAUACAGUCACGUUGUGCUAUGUUACGAUAUGGAAAAUUAUCAGAUGCGCAAGUUUUAACAAAAGUUAUCGAAGUUUGUGGGAAGGAAAAUAUUUCAUACACUGACGAUGGCUUAGAAGCAAUAGUGUUUACUGCUCAAGGUGACAUGAGACAAGCAUUAAAUAAUUUACAGUCAACGUAUAAUGGUUUUGGUCAUGUAAAUAGCGAAAAUGUGUUUAAAGUUUGCGAUGAACCACAUCCAUUACUCGUUAAAGAAAUGCUUGACUUUUGUUCAGAGGGUAGAAUUUGUAAAGCAUAUGGGGUAAUGGAACAUUUAUGGGCAAUGGGAUAUUCUGCAGAAGAUUUAAUUAGUAAUAUAUUCAGAGUUUGUAAAAACUUACCGAUUGAUGAAAAAUUAAAAUUAGAAUUUGUAAAAGAAAUUGGAAUAACUCAUCUUGGAAUAGUAGAUGGAAUUAACAGUUUGUUGCAAAUGAAUAGUCUUUUAGCUCGGCUCUGUAAUGCAGCUGUGCAGCAUGUUUGA